AUGGAGGACCCAAAUAAGCCCAAAAAGAGAACCUUUCGUACCUUCCACUAUAGAGGUAUUGAACUUGAUAAAUUGCUUGAAUUAAAACAAGAAGAACUUGUAAAACUUUUACCAGCAAGACAAAGAAGAAAAUUUAGAAGAGGUAUUGACAAAAAAGCUAAAUCUCUUUUAAAAAAAUUAAGGAAAGCAAAAAAAGAAUGUGAAGUUGGAGAAAAGCCAAAACCAAUACCAACACAUUUAAGAAAUAUGACAAUCAUACCAGAAAUGGUAGGAUCAAUCGUAGCUGUACAUAAUGGCAAACAAUAUACCAAUGUUGAAAUCAAACCAGAAAUGAUUGGAUAUUAUUUAGGAGAAUUUUCAAUUACUUAUAAGCACACUAGACAUGGAAAACCUGGUAUUGGUGCCACCCAUUCAUCUCGUUUUAUUCCAUUGAAAUAA